AUGGCUAUUGAGAUGAAUUCUGGAAAAAGAGAAGGAACUUUGUCAGAGAAAAAUCAUGACUUGCUCAUAGAGAGGCCAAAAAAGGAGGACAGUGCCAUGAAACUUGAAGGACUAGAAAGUGAUAACGAGUCUGAGAGUAGUGAAGAAGAACUAGAGGAUAAGCAAGAGGACGAAUUUGUUGCGAAACCGAAAACAGUGAUCAGACAGGAUACAGAAGACGAGGAAGAUGAAGAAGACGAUUCAGAAGGUGAUGCAGCCAACGAUACAGAAGGAUAUGAUGAAAUAGAAGAGAUGGAAAAACAGCUAGUAGGAGAUAAUACAUUUGGAAUCGACAAAAUGAAGAAGCUCAGCCCGGAACAAUUACAGAAACAACAAAGAAAAGUGAAACGGACCGGAGUGGUAUAUCUAUCUUCGAUUCCACCAUAUAUGAAGCCAACUAAGAUACGGCAGAUAUUUUCACGAUUUGGAGAAAUUGGAAGGAUUUUCCUUAAACCUGAAGAUUUGAAGAUUCAUCGAAACAGAGUGAAAUCUGGAGGAAACAAAAAACGGAAGUUUGACGAAGGAUGGUGUGAAUUUAUCAGCAAGAAAGAUGCCAAACUGGCCGCAUUUACGUUAAAUGGAAAUAUAUUGGGAGGUAAGAAGCACAGCUUCUACCAUGACGAUAUUAUGAAUGUCAAGUAUUUGAAAGGGUUUAAAUGGGCUGAUUUGACAAGUGCUUUGAACGAAGAAAAGGAGGUUAGAGAAAGCAAGAUGGAGGCUGAGUUGUCUCUUCAGCAUAGAAUGGAUAAGGCAUUUAUUGACAAUGUAGAGACAAGCAAGAUGGUGAGAGGUAUGGAGAAAAAGAGAAAGCAUACUGAUUCUGAUACGACUGAUGUUAGAAGGGUAUUUAAGCAAAGAUCCGUGGCCACGAAUCGGUCUGGAGCUAAAGAGGAGGAAAAGCUUAGAUCAGAAAAGCACGGUAAUCUAGAGAAUGUUUUAAAUAAGUUGCUUUAG